GCGAGAGAGAGAGAGCGAGAGAGAGAGAGUGAGAGACCCAACCAUAAGGAGAAAGGGGGAAAUGAGAUGACAACAGAAUGCAGGCUGUGAUACAUAAAAGAGCAUGAUGUAUUGAAUCAGAGGAAAAGGAGAAAUAAAUCUGGAUUUCUCACCGGCAAGGGCGCAAGAAUAAAAGCAUCAGUUUCGCUAAACCACUUAAGGACGUGGAUUAAAAAAGAGAGAGGGAAAGGGAAAGGAGAGGAGGAAAAUAAUCAGAUCACUUGUUUAUUUUCAUGGUCCGUGUGCGCACUUGCUGUCGGUGAGAGUGUGCAUAUGUGUGUGCGCAUAUGGGAAGAGACUGCAUUGCUGUUCACUAGCAGAGGCAUCAGGAGAGAACCAAGCUGAAGCCCUCUUUUUUCUUUCUCUCUCUCUAUUUCUGUGUUGCACUGUGUGGCAGGAGCAUGUUGGGUGGGUUGAGUACAAACGACAAGCUGAGCUAGCCAAAAGAGAUGAACCUGUAACGCUGUAAAUGCUGUUGGAUCUGGCCAGUAGCUGACUGGUAGCUGUGUGGGAUCCCAGGUUUCUAGGUGGAGCCUGGUGGUCUUCAGCUGACUGGUAGCUGUGUGGGAUCCCAGGUUUCUAAGUGGAGCCUGGUGGUCUUCAGCUGACUGGUAGCUGUGUGGGAUCCCAGGUUUCUAGGUGGAGCCUGGUGGUCUUCAGCUGACUGGUAGCUGUGUGGGAUCCCAGGUUUCUAAGUGGAGCCUGGUGGUCUUCAGCUGCUAGGGAGAGUUAAAGCUAAAAGCCCCAGAGAGGAGGAGGCACACGCAGCUGGGAGUGUGCCGGCAGUGGGGCCCUGCGUGGAGGGAGGGGGCCAGAACCUAAACCCCAAAGAAAAGGAGUUUGCUGUGUUUGUGUUGGCAGGGAGGACGCAUGGCUGGCGAGGGCCUUCCCCCUUCUGUGAGCUGCAGCUGUAGGAGAUUGGACUGGGAGUGACAGUGAACCAAACCUCCAGAAUAAUGGUUUGAAGAGGUUCCCGCUGCUCUUCCCUGGCCUGACAGGAGGGACCCUACACUCUGGGGGUCUAUUUUGCUUUUUCCUCUUUUUAUUUUUCUCUUUAAGUCAACCCGGGGGAUUUGUUUGGGUGUCUUCCUCCCCCCCACACCUCAUCAUCAUCCCUAACCCCACCUCCAACUCUGUUUUUAGUUAGUUUUCUUUUUUUGAGAUUUGGGGGAUUUGCCAAAACCUAUUUCAUGCAUGUCCACUGGGGGCAGGUUCAACUUUGAUGAUGGGGGGUCAUACUGUGGGGGGUGGGAGGAAGGCAAAGCCCACGGCCAUGGCAUCUGUACUGGGCCGAAGGGCCAAGGCGAGUACUCAGGGUCCUGGAGCCAUGGCUUUGAGGUGGUGGGGGUGUACACAUGGCCCAGUGGGAACACCUACCAGGGCACCUGGGCGCAGGGCAAGCGCCAUGGGAUUGGAAUGGAGAACAAGGGCAAGUGGGUGUAUAAGGGGGAGUGGACAAGUGGAUUUAAGGGACGCUACGGCCUCAGGGAGAGCACCGGCACCAGCGGGAAGUACGAGGGGACCUGGAACAACGGUCUUCAGGACGGAUACGGCACUGAGACCUACUCCGAUGGAGGUACGUACCAAGGCCAGUGGGUGGGGGGGAUGCGGCAUGGAUACGGCAUGCGGCAGAGUGUGCCAUACGGCAUGGCAGCCGUCAUACGCUCUCCGCUGCGUACCUCCAUAAACUCCUUGCGCUCGGAGCACAGUAACGGGACGGCUCUGCUCACGGACCGGGCCGGCGUGGGGAGUGUGGGCGGGACAGGCUCCACCGGCAGUCCGGCAGUGUCGCGGGGGGGCUUCGUGCUCACUGCACACAGCGAGGCAGAGCUGCUGAAGGGCAAGAAAAAGGGUCUGUUCCGAGGUCGCUCCAUCCUCAGCGGACUCAAACUGAGGAAGUCAGAGUCCAAGAGCUCCCUGGCCAGCCAGCGCUCCAAGCAGAGCUCGUUCCGCAGUGAGGCGGGCAUGAGCACGGUCAGCUCGGUCAACUCUGACAUCAACUCCACCAUCAGCCUGGGAGAGGGCGAAGCCGAGCUGGCCAUCGCCGAGGACGACGUGGACGCCACGGCAACAGAGACCUACUGCGGCGAGUGGAAGAACGACAAGCGCACGGGCUGUGGGGUGAGCCGGCGCUCGGACGGCCUGCACUAUAAGGGUGAGUGGGUGGGAAACAAGCGGCACGGAUACGGCUGCACCACCUUCCCUGACGGGACCAAGGAGGAGGGCAAGUACAAGCAGAACGUCCUGGUGAGCGGCAAAAGGAAGAACCUAAUCCCCCUCCGAGCCAGUAAGAUCAGAGAGAAGGUGGACCGGGCUGUGGACGCGGCCGAAAAGGCUGCGGACAUCGCCAAUCAGAAGGCUGAGAUCGCCAUGUCCAGGACGGCCCAUGCACGGGGGAAGGCAGAGGCGGCCAUUGGAGCCAGCCAGAAGGCCCAGGAGGAGUGUCGCCUCGCCAGGGUCACCGCCAAAGGGUUCUCCCCCUCCUUCCAGCACCGCGAAAACGGAGUAGAGGUCCAAAGGCCAAAGCAUCAGAACUCCAGUGAGAACGACAUUGAGGUGAUUUCCGGUGGCACGGGGCCAGACAGUCCUGAACUCUACAUAAAGGGCACCACACCCCCCAACCUGACCCCUGACCUUAGCCCUGAGGCCAGCCACCCCUCCUCGCCCCCCUGCAGCCCCACCACCUCCAAGCCAUACUGCACCAAGAACGCACGCUUCCUGCGGCAGAGUGCUGUGGACGACGCUGGGAGUGGUGGCGGUGGGGGCGGGGGAGGGGGCAGUGGUGGCCAGGAGAUCCAGGUGCUGAUGGAGGGCCGUGGAGGGGGGGACUACCUAAGGGCCAACAGCUGGAGCGAGGACAAACGCUCUUCUAAAGAGGGCAGCAGGGGGGGCAGCAGGGGGGGCAGCAGGGGCAGCGGUCGCUCCACCACCCCCUCUGUCCAGGACGAGGCCAGGGACCGCACCAACGGCCACGGCCAUAGGCACGCCUCCUCCAAUCACAAGUCUCGAGAGCAUGGCUCGUCCAAUCACAAGGCCUCCAGGGACCGAUGGUCGGACUGCCCGUCAACAUCGUGGAGGUCCCAGCGGACGCACAGCGGUGACACGCGGCUGCUGGAGCAGGAUGAGGAGAAGCUGAGCAACUACGAGAUGGAGAUGAGGCCGCUGCAGCCCAUGGACUCCAACUCCCAGAAUCCCUAUGGGUUGGGAGAGGAGCGCCAUGGUCACAGUGGCGAGGCCCGCUCCCACACACUGCAGAGACAGCGGCCUUCUAAGACCCGGGAGGGCAGGGAAAGGGAGGGACCGACCCCAGACUCAAUGCAAAAGCUGGACAGUCUGAGCAAGGGGGACAAGUUGGAAGCUCGGCCUCUGCGCAGGGAUCUCACCCUCUCCCCCCCACAAAAAUCCUCACCCAUUGCACUAGAACACGACGAUGACAAGAAACUAACCCAGCUCAAAGCAAACUCGGGCUCCAGCUCAAUUCUGGUCGUCAUGGUGAUUUUGCUCAACAUUGGAGUCGCAAUUUUGUUUAUUCACUUUUUUAUUUAAAAAUGGAUUGCCUAUUCAAUCCUAUUAUUAUCUAUGCUAUUAUUAUAACAUAUUAUGAGUAUUAUCAUAACUAUACAGCCCUUGGCCAUUUGACACUAUGUAAAGAGUAUAGUAAGAGGAUUAACAAUAUGGGGAUAAAGCUGGUUCCCAAUGCCCAGAUUUCAGAUAAGCAGUGAUCUGCAAAAUAUAUAUAUAUAUAUAUGUAAAUUCUUUCUCUCCCUGACAUUACCUGUUUUUCAUCUUAAAGCAUUGUUUAAAAAAGGUUUGUAACUUAUUUGCACACGUAUGAUAUAUUCAUUUAAAUCAUUUUUUAUUCCUUACUUGCCUUUUCUCUGUUAAUAUUGCUGAUGUUCUUUUGGUUUAGUUUGUUUGGAAUGGUAGACUCAGAUGAGCACUUCUUGUGUCGAAUGAGACAGGAUAUAAUGUAUCUAGUCUGGUUAUGGCUGUGUCCACCUGACCUGGGUUCAAAAACUAUUUGACAUAAUUUAAAAUACUUUAGCUGUGCUUUAUUGAGCUUGCCUGUUGCAAUGGAAACAAUAGAAAAGUCUGAAAAGUGCAAAACCCUGCCUACCUGGUGGUCGAGGCAGGCUAAAGCAAAUGCUGAAAGUAUUUGAAAGAUUUCAAGUACUAUUUAAACCCAGGUGUGUUGUCCAACCAGGUAAUACAACGUUAAAGGGAUGGGAAACGGACCCCUGUCCUACCCACUGCCCUCCAAACCCUCCCCCUUCUCUCCCUCCUGACACGUUGUUACUCUUCCCAGUUAUUAAUUCAGUCUCUCAUCCCCCCUUCCUCCGACUUCCCGGUAGUCCCCUCAUGACAUCACGCCAUAUCCUGUUACCCCCUUUAUUUGUUUCAUGUAACUCUCCUUUUAUUUAAUGCCCCACCAUGCUCCACUAUUCCUACAACCAGCCAUCUUAACCAAGACUUCCCCAAAUAGACCAGAGAAUGUCCAUGGCAAGCAGGUGCUUCAUGAAAAAUAGAUAUGAUUAAAUAAAAUAGGGCUACAAAAACACUUUUGCAACUACAGAUCCUAGUUAGCAACAGGACAUGUUUACAAUCUGAAAAACCGGGAUGACCAACACAAAAUUGCCUCUAACAACUAUAGCACCAUAAAACCUAUCUAUAUUAGUAAACCUGUUGCAAAUGUAGCAACUUGGGUUACCAAGAUUGAGCCAUGUGCAAAGAACUACUGUAUAUCAACUCUAAUCUGUCUGCAACCAGAGUAGGAAUAGUCUGUCUGAAAGGGCUUCUAAUGUGAAAGAUUCUCUUUAUAGUCAACAUACAACAAAAUGAACAAAUGAUCUAAAGGAAAGAACUCUCAAACACACACACACACAUUGUACAAUACCAUGUACACAACAGGUACAAUACUCCCACACAUACCGUGGUAUGUGAAUGAUGAUAAGCUAUAUUCAUAUAAAAUAUUGACAUUCCAAAAAACUUUCUCAAUGUCUCUCUGGCCUUUAACGCACAGGUUGAACUUUAUAUGAGGACUAACGCAUAACAUUAUGUCAGUUCUCAUCUAUCUGCUCCUCUGUCCCCUACAGAGCAAUUCUCUCUCUCGCUCUCUCUUUCUCUCUCUCGCUUUUUCUCUCUCUACAGUUUCAUGUCUAAAGGUUUUUACCCAAAUCUUAACCCACACACCUGGUCUGGAGGCCUAGUGUAAGAGGCCUAGUGCAAGUUCAGAGACUGUUAUGUUUAAAACUGCUGCUUUCAAAACAAAUUAUUUACCAAGACAGAAAAAAAUCAUAUUUUUGUGCUAUUUGCAAGACUUCUGAAAAAACGCCUACUGCCUUGUUUUAUAAAGUUGAAAAAAAUAUCGAAAAUGCAUGCUCAUGUAUGUUUUAGUUUUGUAUAGAUAAACCUUUUUGGGGAAAAAUAUAAAUGUCUCCUCUAGCCCUCUACUGCUAAUAUUCCAUCCUAUUUUUUGGGAAGAUUUAGGCUUUUCUCCCCCUCCACCCAGAUUUCUUUGUUGCUAAAACCACAAGGAAAAUCUGAUAUAUUUAGAACAUUUAUUAAGAGGAACAUAGUAGAAAAAACCCACUCUUUUCAUAAGGAAAUACAAGUUGGGGGCAUAAACUAGUAUUUCACUGCCUCUCAAACCUGAUUCUUCCUCGCUGUCACUGUCCUCCAGCUCACUGUCCUCAAUAUCAGAGGGUGAUCCUAACUGCUCCAUUAGGAUCCUUUCGCCCAUAGAAUGUCGCUGUGUCCAUUGCAUGUGAAUGUCAGUGUAUAUUUUGGCAAAAAUAUCCAUAUCCAUCAAAUUACAUGUCUUUCAUUGAGCAUGAUAUUGCCCUGAAAAGUAGCCUAACUGCACAACGUUGCCCUGAGGCAACAAAAAGAAAACUAUAUUUGUUUAUAUAUAUAUAUAUAUAUAUAUAUAUAUAUAUAUAUAUAUAUAUAUAUAUGUGUGUGUGUUCAAAACCUAUCAAAUAUGCUUCUUUACAGGUUCCUACACAAGUAGAUAUUUUUAAUCUCUAGUUAAACAUGCAAAAGAAUGAAAUGUAUUGUACACUUCAGUCACACCACAUGCUCAGGUUGCUCUGCCUCCUGAAAGAAGGUCCCUCCCCCAGUUGAUACAUCAUACCAACUUCUGCACCUCAUUGGAUUGUUUACAGACAUGUCAUCACAUAUUAUCAUAAUAUGGGGAGGUUGAGGGGCAAAAAUAUGUUCUGUUGCCCGAGGGCAACGAUGUGCAGUAGAGGGCUAGUUUUGGAAGCAGUAUAAGAGGGGAGUGGGGGGGUGGGGGGCUGCAAAAAAAUUACAUUUAAAUAAAAGUGGUACUUUACAGGCUUUGCCAAGUUGCUCUUAGUCCUGAGCAAGCAGAACCUUUCCAGAUGUUGUCCAGUACUGUUCUGUGAAGCAGACUCUUCCAUAGGGUAGCCUGGGCUUGCGCUACAGUACAGUACAUUACAGUACAUUACAAGAUCCAGACACAGGCUACUAGUCUACUGCAUCCCACUGCUUCUCCAAGACAAAGCCCACAUCUUAGAUGCAAUGAAAACAAGAGAGAAAAAACAGACAAACUAAGAGAAGUGUUUUGCUUUUUUUUUUAUAUAUAGCUGGCUAACUAACUCAAAGACUGAGAUGUUUUAUCGCAUGUCUGUAAGGGGCUUGUACUCCACCCUGAUUUUCCUGGUCCUCCUGUAAGUGAUCAUCCAGUCUGUGUGUGCUCGCUCUUCUCUUCCUCCUAUGCCUCUCCGUUUCUCUAUCCAGCAAAGUUAAACAGGUCUGCCACUGUGAAGGAAUGAAAGUUGGGGCCAAAUGUGUGGAGUUUUAUUUUUCAACAACAUUUGCUCCCCCAGUCUUGACUACAUGAGUUCGUAGGUACUGUUGGAAACUGGACUGAUAGCGUUACAGGGUUAAGGCAUAUUAUGGGAAAGGGUUUACUGAUUCAAAGAACAACUAUGGAAAAGUGUUCCAGUGGCUGUUGAUGAUACUGAGAGGUGCAGAGGUGACAACUGGCUGAUCUACCUGCUCCUGUGGUUUUUCUACCAUUCCGACUGGAAGUACCCAUCACCCUGUGAGCCCAUCGCAUGCCCAAGCAUGCCCAGUUCUUUUCUUCUCCUCUCUUUUAUUUCUUUACAUUUUGGGGGUCUGUUCGUUUUUGAGUUAUGUGGAGAAAAUUAUGAAAGUGUUUGAAAGAAAA